AUGGCCUCCACGCUACCAGUCUCAACGGUCUACGUACAAAAUCUCGAAGAGCGCGUCAAGCCCGACGCACUGACCUAUGCGCUCCGAGCUAUCUUUGAGGAAUUUGGAAAUGUGGUCGACAUCGUAGCGAAGAAGAACCUCAAGGCCAAGGGUCAGGCCUUUGUGGUCUUUGACGACCCCCAGAGCGCCCAGACUGCCAUCGAGGAGGUGCAAGGCUUCCCUCUGUUCGACAAGCCAUUGCGUGUCGCAAUGGCGCGAUCAAAGAGCGACAAGACAGUCGAGCUUAAUUGCAGCGGCGAGGAAUUAGAGUCUCACAAGCAACACCGCCAAGCUGAGAAAGGUAGGCCCGGACCACCCAAGAAAUUACCCUGGAUCAACGAGGCUGACUUUGAAACCCCAACAGAGAAGAGGCAGGCCGAGGAAGCUGCCGAAGAGCAAAGGCAGCUCAAGCGCGCCGCCGGAGCCCCAACAGACCCCAGACCGAUCAAGGCUGCCAGGCCAUCUGGCCUCAAGUCGACCAGUGUCGCUACCUCCUCAGUCGUACCAGACGAAUACCUUCCCCCGAACAAGAUUCUCUUCUUGCAGAAUCUCCCCGACGCGUCCGACGUGGAUGCUCUCACCGCCAUCUUCUCCCGCUUCGAAGGUUUCCGCGAGGUAAGAACGGUGCCGGGACGAAGAAACAUCGCAUUCGUAGAAUACGAGGCGGAACAGGGCGCCAUUUCGGCCAAGGAGAGUACCGCAGGCAUGACUUUAGGGGACAAGAACAUCAGAGUCACAUACCAACGUCAAUAG